AUGAGUUGGGACAUGGAGCUAGAUAGUCUAUUGGAGGAUAUAUAUGACUGUCCGUUGCCGGGACAAAAUAUUCUGGAGCCUUGGGAAAACUGGGUAGUUGAUGAUUGCAGAGAAGCUUUGAAAGUGCCAGAUUCAUGUGAGGAUGUCAUUGAGUGUUCUAGUUCUAGCUCCUUUGGUGAUACAGCUGUUGCUGCUGCUUCCGUCGCUGAACCAGAAGUUGAAUCGCGAAUGUUUGGUGACGGGCAUGAACCACUCCAUCGAAGAAAGAAAAGGAACACAACAACUCAUUGGAAGAAGUUCAUAAGUCUUGUUAUGUCGCGCUGUAAGUGGGUUGAGUUGCAACUGAAACAACUUAAGUCUCAAGAACGUAAAUAUGCUAAAGAGCUUGCGGCACUCGAUUAUACACAAGAUAUUAAUAAAGACAUGAAGAGGAAAAAACGAAGAAGAGUUGAGGAGAAUUGCGAUUUAGCAUCAUACAUGUCUAACCAUACUCUAUUCUCCUACUAUGAGAAAGCCGAUAGUAAUCUUGAUACUGGUUUGGAAGAUUGUCAUGAAGCUGUCACAGGUGGUGACGGUAAAAGUUCUGUAGAGUUCAAGUCGAAUGAUUUAUGGUCUUCUGUAGGUAAUCAUGGUAUGGAUAAAUCUUGGGAUGAUGCCAUUCAAAAGAUUAUAGCUCUAGAGUCUCAUCUUCAAAAUUUGAAAUCUAGACAUGACAAGGUGAUUAGUGAAAAUCAAGGAAGGUUUUGUUCUGUAAACCAAUCAAGCAUGCUUGAACCAUCUGAUGGAUAUAAUCAGUCUGAUUUUACAGGAAAUACAUCAUCGGGUGAUGACAAGAUUGUUCCUCUUUCCGAAGCCACUAAUCGGCCUCAAAUGGACAAUACACUGGACGAUAUCAAUGUUGAAGGUCUUACACAGUAUCAGGCAGUUAAGGAAGGAUUGCAUGAAUUAGAAAAUGUUGGAAAUCAACUUGCAAAUCAAAUCGAAUCAUUUGGAGAGAUUAAAGAGAUUUUCAAGUUUCAAGGUUCAGAAUCCAACUCUUAUGAAAAUGUCGUGCACAAUGUCAAUGUGCAUUCCAAUUUGAGAUUGUGUUCUACAUUAAAAUUAAAGAUCCCUAGACAUGAAAGGAAAAGAAAGAAGAUAUCUGGUUCAAAGAGGUCAAGGAGAUCUGGUUAA